CCCAAGAAGAAGUCUUUCAAAACUGCAACUUAGUCCAUACAGUUUUGUCCAAGAUUAAACCUUCAUUAAUUUUUAUCCUAACUGGUUAAGAGUCCAUGUAGUAGGAGCACACUCUGAUUUUAUCUAACUUCUUCUUCCAUGUUUCUGAACCUUCUUAGAAGCUCUACUAAUGUCACUCAAAUCACUCAAAUUCAUUCUCAAAUCACUGUAAAUGGCAUUGCUCUUCAUAGUCAUUUUCUUUCCAAACUCAUCGAGCUUCGAUUAGUCGAUUAUGCACGUGCUUUCUUUAAUCAAAUACCUUCACCAACUGAUUACUCAUGGAACUCCAUGAUUAGACUUUAUACCCUCAACGGGUUUCCUCAAAAAUCUAUAUCUUUGUACUCUGAAAUGCUAAAGAAUGACUGUAAACCAAGUCAUUUCACAUACCCAUCUCUGUUUAAGGCUUGUUCCUCAUGUUCUUCAAUCCAAUUAGGAGAACAGAUACAUACGCAUGUUCUAAAGUUUGGGUUUCACUAUGAUUUGUUUGUGAAUAAUUCUUUGAUUGAUAUGUAUUGCAAGUGUUUCUGUAUUGAUUCUGCACAGCUUAUGCUCGAUGAAAUGCCUGAAACAGAUGAAGUUUCUUGGAAUUCUAUUAUUUCGGGGUAUGUUAAUUUGGGGGAGAUGGAAAAGGCAAGGGUGUUGUUCGAACAAGUGCCUGUUAGAAGAAAUGUUGUUUGUUGGACGUCUUUGAUUAAUGGGUAUGGAAGGAAAGGCAAUUUAAAUGAGAUGUUUUCUUUGUUUUUGCAAAUGCUCGUUUCUGGAGACGAAGAUGUUGAACCUAACUCUACAACUAUGGUUUGUCUUCUUUCUGCAUGUUCAAGUCCUUCUGAUUCUAAACUGGGACUGUGGGUUUCUGUUUUUAUAGAUGUUAAUCGAAUACCUGUAACUACAAUCUUGAGUACUGCUCUUAUAGACAUGAACUCGAGAUGUGGUGAUUUGGAUACGGCACGGAGACUCUUUGAUCGGAUGUCCUGUAAUAAUUUGGUUUCAUGGAAUGCUAUGAUCACUGGUUAUGUUCAAACUGCACGGUUCGAAGAAGCAAUCAGAUUGUAUGAUCUUUUGCAGACCCAUUCUGUGAAACCAAAUGAGAUUACAGUGGUGAAUGUCUUGUCUGCUUGUUCUGGUUUGGGUGCAUUGGAACUUGGUAAAAAAGUCCAUAUCUACUUGGGUAGAAACGGGUUAGAUUUGAAUGUGAUCGUUGCUGCUGCUCUUGUAGACAUGUACACAAAAUGUGGGAGAGUAACUGAUGGUUGCUUGGUUUUUGUGAAGACGCCAAAUAAAGAUGUAGCCUUGUAUAACGCCAUGAUCUUAGGCUUAGCAUAUCAUGGUCGUGGAAGUGAUUCUUUAGCUGUUUUUGCAGAAAUGGAAAGAAAUGGAUUACACCCAAAUGAUAUUACAUUUAUCGGAGUUUUAUCGGGUUGUAAUCAUUCAGGGUUGGUCGAGGUGGGAAGAUAUAAAUUCUGGGAUAUGGUCAAGAAAUAUGGGUUGAGUCCAAAAAUUGAACAUUAUUCUUGCAUGGUUGAUCUUCUCGGCCGAGCUGGGUAUCCCAAUGAGGCUUUUGAGUUGAUUCAAAACAUGGAGAUUUCACCAGAUUCAUUAAUUUGGAGUUCUUUGCUUAGUUCUUGUAGAAUUCACCGGAAUAUCGAGUUGGCUGAUAACAUUGCUGAAGUUAUCCUGUCAAUCCAGAAUCCAAAUUCGGGUUCCUGCAUUUUGCUAUCAAACAUUUAUGCUUCUGUUGGUAGGUGGAAGGAUGUUAUCAGAAUGAGGAGAUUGGUUAAGGAAAAGGGAGAUAAGAAGCCACCGGGUGCUAGUUGGAUAGAAUUAGAUGGUAACAUUCACAAGUUUGUUGUUGAGGAUAUACAUCAUCUGCAGUCUAAAGAAAUUUAUGAAAUACACAAAUUUCUGACAGACCAAUUGAAAGCUGAAGGAUAUGUACCAAAGUUUGCUUUUACUUAAAAGAAGGUUCAUGAUAGAAAAAAGUACAAAUGAAGAUUUCCAAUUAAGGUGUCAGCAACCAGCGACGGCAGUAAGAAGAAAAACCUACUAUAUCAAAAUUUCAGUACUCCAACUUUCUGGUCCCGAUGCUGCUUUUGCUGGGGUCUGACAAUGUUUAUGGCAAAGCAAAGUUCCGGUUCGGGACCAGCAGGUAUACGGAAACACCAGAUUUGCACCUUACAUCCAGGAACUAAUGCCAAUUCGGCAACCAAUUUAUUCCAGUUACCUGUAAAAACCCUGUUUCCAAGACUAGGCCAGUACUUGAAAUCAAUAUCCCAAACUCUUGGAAUUGGAUCAAUCAAUCUAGUUUUCAAUCCUUUCUUAUUAUAUGAUACAUCAUAUAUCAUCUUUUCAUCUUC